UACUCAGAAGUCAAAUUCAGAUCAAGGUUACAGUGGUGGAAAUGUGAGUCGCAGUAAUAUCAGUGAUCAGCAUCCAAUGAAAUCUUAUACAACACCUGAUUCAUAUUCUGCCACAUACUAUAUGGCUGGUCAGGAUCAGAAUCCAGGGAGUUCCAAAGCAGGUACUGAUGGACAUGGUCAGCCUCCCAUGCAACCAAUGUCUGCUGUACCACAAUACAUGCAGAAUAAUCCAUACAGUACUCCAUACUUUAUGUAUGAUCAGGGUUCUCCUUCAUACCCUACGGGAAUGCCACAGAGUCCCAACGUGAUGACGCAGCCUCCAUACGGCUCUCCCAGAAUGCCAAUGACACAAAACACCAAUGUGGGUUACGGAGAGUCGAAUUAUGGCAACAAUCAACCGAUGACCGUAACGUCGGAUCAACCCGAUUUCAUACCUUGCGGAAACGAUAAACCGCGAAAUGAUUAUCAUAAAAUAGAUAACGGAUCACGAUAUUUUGAAGAAAAGAACGAUCAGAAAUAUCGUGACCGCAGUGAGAGACCGUCGACUUCACGGGGCGACCGCGAAACCUAUGAACCACGAAGUCGCUCCGUUGAAAGACGACACGGUGACUGGAGUCCCGAUAGAUUCCGAAGAUCUGAUAACAGAAAGUCUGAUAGCAAUCCUAAACAAUCGGGGGAUUCAUACAACCAGUCAUAUAACAGGAAUUAUAAAUCAGAACCGGAAGGAUCUGGUUUCAGGCGCAGUUCCGACGGACGUUGUAAUGCUAGUAAUACGGGAAAAAUCGGUGACGAUUACAAUCGUCGCUUUGAGAAAGAUCAAGAUGGUAAUUAUAAUAGAUCAAGUGAUCGAGCACCGGUAAAUAUAACUGAAAAUACACGUUUCAAAUGGACUAAACCGCAAAACGAUAAUAUGGGGGGCUACAAUGAUAGUAAGCCAAGCACUAGUAAAGGGGGGAAUUAUAGUAGUAAUGAUUUUAAUCCUCAUACCAAAUUCGACGAUAUUCAAGAUUCAAUAUUCCCGGGAUUUCAGCCAGCGAUUUAUCUUAGUAAGGCUGAAUAUAAAAAAAUUAAAAAAGCUAGAGAUCUCAAAAGAUCUGCCAUUGAGCGCAAAAAUGAAACUUGGCGUGCGCAGGCUACCUCCAAAAUAGUAAAGACUGCGCUGGAAGAAAGUGGCUUGAUGAUUCAAGCGAAGAAACCAGGUUUCGUGCAGUUUAUGAAAAGUAUUGUUAGGACUCGCAUCAACAAGAUGUUGGGUCCCAGGGUGGGUGUGCCAAUGGAAAACAUCUUAGAGGAGUACAAUAAAAAGUACCCUCCUCAUGUCCGAAAGAAUUUUGUCCUCGAAUCGAAGGCCAAGUUCAAUAAAAUUACCGAUUUUCCAUCAGGAGCUGCACCUAUACGGAGGCCACUAAUGAAUCAAGCAGGGCCGGAGAAACGCCCGGCGACGGAACAACCGCAGGCUGCUCCGGCACCGAAGAAGAAACCCCCAGUGGAAAUACCGAGACCUCCUCCGUACAGACCACCAACACCUGGACCCCUGCCCAAGUAUCCUAAUGCUGAUAAACAAGCAUAUAAAAAAUUAAAGACACUUGCUAAGGAGGAACAUGAAAAAGAAAUCUAUACGUUGGAGCCAAAAUUGAAAGAAGCACUUGAAAACGAAAUAAAUGUGCUUCGGGACUUGUUUAUAAAAGGAUGCAGGAAUAAUAAAGGCGGAGAAGAUGAAAAAAUCUGUCAACGUAUCGAAAAAACUACCGAUGAAGUUAUGAAGGUGAUAAAACUCGAUGUAACCAAGCGCCUGCUGAACGUGACAUGCAAUCUGCCGUUGCGUAUGUUUGCCAAUGACAGAUUCAAUGUGAAGGAGAUCGGUCCCCUGCUGAAGCCCUACGGCAUCAUCAGCUGCAGGAAGUCACCUCGCAGCAAACUGUGCGUCGUUGUCUGCCAGGACUACCCCAGCUACGACUAUUUGUGUACAAAGAGGGAGAUAGAUUUAGGUGAGGGUCUGAUUAUGUCUUUUAAACCGCUUCACCUUGCCGGUCCGACGAAAAGGCCUAAGAAAAAAAAUGGUAAAAAACUAGGCAACAAUGAACAUACAAGUGGAGAUGAGGAUGAGGAAUUUGGUGAUGAAAUGGCCGGCGAAGAUGAUGAAGGCGCGGGUGAUGAUAUAAAAGAAAACAAGGACGUUCAAGAGAUUGACAUAAAAAAUGAACAAAAAAUUAAUAAAGACAUAAUAGAAGAAAAAGAUAUUGAAAUUGUCGAUUGCAAUAAAGAUGAUGAAUGUAUUGAAGUAAAACUUAAAGAUAAACCAACAGACGAGAAGGUUUUGGAAAUUGAUACUAACGAGCAUAUUGAAAACUCUGAAACUGAAACUCUUGUAAAAGAUAUAAACGAAUUAAAAAAUAGCAUUUUCAAUGAUGACAAAGUGGAAGUUGUUCAGAGCGCAGAAACUAUCGAUGUGUCAAACAUUGGCCAAGAUGAUUUAGAAGAUUAUUGACAUAAGAUUUAAUUAUACAGCAUUUCAACGGCUCCUACGUAAACUAUCGUAAGACAAAUUUUAGCGAUUUAUCUCAGGUAUGAGUUCACUGGCGCUAGUUAUGCCAGUACUGAUUUUGAGUGCUACUGUACUGGCAUAAUGUAAAUCAGGCAUUAGAUUUUUAUUAUUUCUGCCAUAUCUACGUAUGUAUAACACUUGUAGAAAUAAAUUUUGUUAUCUGUUUACUUUUUAAAUAGCAUGAGCGGAACAACAAUAUAAAUAUUGUCGAUUUCAAUGGAAAUUAGAAAGCAUAUUUUGACUUACUGUUUUUAAUAAGUCUUAUUACAGCCUUAUGAAGGUAACAUUGUUUAGAAUGUUUGUUGAAUGCAAAAGAAAGGCUAUCUGAAAUAGUGCCUAGGCAUCUUUUUUUUUAAUUCCGCGCGAAUUAACAUACAAAAGGUAUCUAUACUAAUAUAGAGGAAAGAUUUGUUUGUUUGCAUUCAGUCAGCUCUAAAACAACUGAGCCGAUUUGAAAAAUUAUUUCUAGCAUAAGCUUGUAUUCCAUAUAAAUUAAGUUGUAUUAAUAUUUUUAAAUAAAUCGACGCUGUAAAGCGUAAACGCUGUAACCCCGAAAGUAUGAA